UCUUGGUUCGCAGGCCGGCUUGUGAUUGGCGGAGCCGCGUGAAGCCCUGGCGGCCGUGACAUCAGCAAGGAGCGGGCCCACAAAAAGCGCGAGCGAGAGGAGGAGCGGCGGCAGAGGCAGAGAAGGCAGCAAAGGCAGCGGAGGCAGCGCGCUCUCCAAGACUUGCUUGCGCGGCCAGCGGACAACCCUGCUUUCCUUUUUCCCGCAAGAGGCGGCUUUGGGGAGACAAACUCACCAAUCUUGGGCGCAUCCUUAGGACUCUUCCCCCUCUUCGUCUUGUAGUUGCGUCUAGAUAUAUUCUUCUUACUGCGAUUUGCAACCUCGGGGAUGUUUCCGAGACGGCGAGGCGGGCCAGGCUGGAGGCGGCCGGCGACACAGAGAGAAUCCUCGCCUUCCUCCUCUUCGAGGCGGCCGAGAAGAAGAUGCUAAGAAGACGGGCAUUGCCAGGAGCCCGAGAGGCGGGGAUGCGCGCUCCGCAGGCGCUCCAGAGCCAGCCCGGCCGGAGACUCAAGCCCAAGCCGAGCGGAGACUGAAGCCCAGCCAAGGAAGGAAGGAAGGAGGCGCGCCGACGGGGCCAGGCACUCCUCUCCCAUGCGCGGCUCGGCUCCAUGGACGUGCCCCAGUCCCAUCCUCCUCCUCCCGCUGCUUCUUAGGCCGUCGGAGGGAUCCUAAAAGGUUGAUGACCAUGGUUGCCAGGACCUGCUCUCUACUAGCACUGCUGCUUUCUCACAUAUUGCUUGGUGGUUCGGCCAGUCUCAUCCCAGAGGUGGGGGACCGGCGCAGAUUCAGUAGCGAUUUGAGUCAGGCUGCCCCCCUGAAACUCUCGGAAGGGAUCCUGCGUGAAUUUGAACUUCGUCUGCUCAACAUGUUUGGGCUCCAGCGACGGCCGACCCCAAGCAAGAAUGCCAUAAUUCCUCCUUAUAUGUUGGAGCUCUACUACCUGCACACGAGUCAGAAGCCAGCCACCAUGGACUAUAAUCUGGAGAGGGCUACCAGCAGGGCCAAUACAGUUAGGAGCUUCCACCAUGAAGAAUCACUGGAAGAGCUUCCUGAAAAAAAUGGGAAAACAUCUCGGCGUUUCUUCUUUGACUUGGCAUCCAUUCCAAGUGGGGAGUUUAUCACUUCAGCUGAGCUCCAGAUUUUUCGGGAGCAGGUCCAAGAUAUCUUUGGGAGCAACAGCAGCUCUCACCAUCGUAUUAAUAUUUAUGAAAUAAUAAAGCCAGAGGGAGAAGCUUCUAAGGACCCUGUCACAAGACUUUUGGACACCCGAUUAGUGCAUCACAAUGCCAGCAAAUGGGAAACUUUUGAUGUAACACCAGCGUUAAGGAGAUGGGUUGCGCAUGGACAACCCAAUCACGGUUUUGUGGUGGAGGUGGUGCAUUUGGACAAGAAGAACAGUGUCUCCAAGAGACAUGUCAGGAUCAGCAGGUCAUUGCAUCAGGACGAUGGGAGCUGGUCUCAGCUCAGGCCGCUACUAGUAACCUUUGGACAUGAUGGGAAGGGACACCCUCUCCAUAGGCGAGAGAAACGCCAGGCAAAAUAUAAAGAACGCAAACGCCAUAAAUCCCAUUGCAAAAGGCAUCCUUUAUACGUAGACUUCAAUGAUGUAGGGUGGAAUGACUGGAUUGUGGCCCCACCGGGCUAUAGUGCCUACCACUGCCGUGGAGAUUGUCCCUUUCCAUUGGCAGAUCACCUCAACUCCACAAACCACGCCAUUGUUCAGACUCUGGUCAAUUCAGUGAAUUCCAAAAUCCCCAAAGCUUGCUGCGUGCCGACGGAACUGAGUCCUAUCUCCAUGCUCUACCUUGAUGAAAAUGAAAAAGUUGUACUCAAGAACUAUCAAGACAUGGUUGUGGAGGGCUGUGGUUGCCGCUGACUAAGCAACAAAACAAAAUGGACAUUUACAAAAUAAAAAAAUAAAAUAAAAAACACACAACAAAACUUGACACUUUAAUAUUUCCCAAUGAAGACCUUAUUUAUGUUAUGAAAUGGAGAAUUAAACGCAUCUAUUUUGAAAAUCUAUUUAUGUCUACAGAAAGAAAAAGUGAGGAAAAAUAUUUUAAUCAGAGAAUUAUUCCUUUUAAAGAUUUUUAAAGCAUAUUUUAGUUGUACAUUUUAUAUGGGUUUAACCCCCCCUUCCCCUCAGCACAUGAAGUAUAAAGGUCAGAUUCUUAUUUUGUAUUUAUUUACUAUUAUAACCACUUUUUAGAAGAAUAGCUAUUUUGUAUUUAUAUGUAUAAUCAAAAAAAUCAGAAGAAAAAAAUAGAGGGUUUGUACAUAAUUUAAAACAAAUGGUAGCUGUUUUCAGUUGUGUGUAUUUAAGUAAGUUGAAAUAUGUACAUGAAAGGGUUACUAUGGCAAAGGUGCAUAAUGCAUUUUGCUUUCUGCAGUUCUACUGUUAAGGUCACAAGUGCAAGCCCAAUGAAAAGUGGCUAAUCCACCCUGCUGACUCAAGAUUAUAUUGUACAAUUCUCAGGAAUGCUGCAGGGUGGGCUGCCCAGUCCAUGAGAAACUGGCACCCUUUCGAUGUGGAGCAUUUGGAUAAGAACCAGACGCUGCUCGGCAAAUAGAAACAGAACUGCGGUUCUUCGUGGAGGUGUGAUGUGACCACCAACUGGGCUGAUAGAAUACUUCUUGUUCCCUCCCCCUCUUUCACACCUACAGAAAAGCAAAAUGUUUAUGCUGUUCCUCCGUUUUUUAAGUAGUCCACCCAUUGGAAUCUAUUGUCCUGGCCAAAUAUUAAAUAAAAGACCAGAUUUGUUCAGUUUUUAAAA